AUGGCAAACGAGGAAGUAGUUCUCUUAGAUUACUGGCCUAGCCCAUUUGGGACAAGGGCAAGAAUCGCUUUGGAAGAGAAGGGAAUUGAGUAUGAUCACAAGUAUGAGGACUUGGCCAACAAAAGUCCUUUGCUCGUGAAGAUGAAUCCUUUAUAUCAGACAAUUCCAGUUUUGAUCCAUAAUGGAAAACCCGUUUGCGAAUCCGGGUUAAUAAUCGAAUACAUCGACGAGGUUUGGAAGGGUGAACCUUCUUUGUUGCCCUCUGAUCCUUACCAGAGAUCAAAGGCAAGGUUUUGGGUUGACUUCAUUGAUAAGAAGGUACAUGGAUCUAGUAGGAAGAUAUGGAUGAGCAGAGGAGAGGACCAAGAAACUGGCAAGAAGGAACUCAUUGAGUGGUCCAAGUUGCUGGAAGAAGAGCUUGGUGAUAAGCUUUACUUUGGGGACUCAGAAAUGGGGUUUGUGGAUAUUGCACUUAUACCCUUCUUCAACUGGUUCAACAUUUUCAAGACCUUUGCAAACUUUAGCAUAGAGGCAGAGUGUCCUAAGCUGGUGGCAUGGGGCAAGAGGUGCAUGGAGAAGGAUAGUGUCUCCAAGUCUCUUCCUCACCAAGAACAGAUUUAUGAAGCCUAUUUGGAAUUUAAGAAAAGAUUGGGGAUGUAA